CGAGCCGCGCGUCGGUCCAGCCGCCCGGCCGCGCCGCCGCCGCCGAGCAGCCGCCCCGCGUGCCGCGCCUCGGGAACAAAGGCGCCCGCCCGCAGCCCACCGCCCGCCGCGCCGCCGCCAUGAAGCCCGGGCCACCGCACCGCGCCGGGGCCGCCAGCGGGGCGGGCGCCGGGGCCGGGGCCGCGGCCGGGCCCGGGGCCCGCGGGCUGCUCCUGCCGCCGCUGCUGCUGCUGCUGUUGGCGGGGCGCGCCGCGGGGGCUCAGCGCUGGCGCAGUGAGAACUUCGAGAGGCCUGUGGACCUUGAGGGCUCCGGAGACGACGACUCCUUUCCUGAUGAUGAGCUGGACGACCUAUACUCAGGGUCGGGUUCAGGCUACUUCGAGCAGGAGUCGGGCAUUGAGACAGCCAUGCGGUUCAGCCCAGAUGUGGCCCUGGCGGUGUCCACUACGCCUGCUGUGCUGCCUACUAUGGACAUCCAGCCUGUGGGCACUCCAUUUGAAGAGCUCCCUUCUGAACGACCCACCCCGGAGCCAGCCACCAACCCCCUGGUGGUGACAGAUGUCCCAGAAGAGUCCAGCCAGAGAGCUACUACCAUCACCACCACCAUGGCCACCACUACUGCCGUGACCACAGGAGCCACAACCACAGCAGCCACCACCACAGGCUCCCCGACUGUGGCCACAGUGCCUGCUACAGUGGCUGCUGCCAUCCCCAGCACCCCUGCGACACCCCCUUCCACAGCUACCACUGCCAUCAUAAGGACCACCGGCAUACGGAGGCUUCUGCCUCUUCCACUGACCACGGCAGCCACAGCCCAGGCCACAAUCCCUGGGGUGCUCUCCCCUCCCACUACAGUGGAUGUCUUGGACACCGAGGCUUCCAUGCCCAGGCUGGUCAGCACAGCUACCUCCCGGUCAAGAGCCCUUCCCAGGCCCACUGCCACCCAGGAGCCUGAUGCCCCAGAGAGGAGCACUCUGCCCUUGGGAACCACUGCCCCUGGACCCACAGAGGUGGCUCAGACCCCAGCUCCAGAGUCCUUCUUGACCACAGUCCGGGAUGAGCCAGAGGUGCCAGUGAGCGGGGGGCCCAGUGGAGACUUUGAGCUGCCAGAGGAAGAGACCACACAGCCAGACACAGCCAAUGAGGUGGUGGCUGUAGGAGGGGCUGCAGCCAAGCCAUCACCUCCACCAGGGACACUGCCCAAGGGUGCCCGGCCAGGCCCUGGCCUCCUGGACAAUGCCAUCGACUCAGGCAGCUCAGCUGCUCAGCUGCCUCAGAAGAGCAUCCUGGAGCGGAAGGAGGUGCUUGUAGCUGUCAUUGUGGGCGGGGUGGUGGGCGCCCUCUUCGCUGCCUUCUUGGUCACACUGCUCAUCUACCGCAUGAAGAAGAAGGAUGAGGGCAGCUACACACUGGAGGAGCCCAAGCAGGCGAGCGUCACAUACCAGAAGCCUGACAAGCAGGAGGAGUUCUAUGCCUAGCGGAGCCACAGUGCCUCCCUGCAGCCUCAACAUUGCCCCUCUGUCCAGUCCCCAUCCUGGCCCCACCAUCCCAGGCCUGGGACUGGGCCUGGGAAAGAGCCUGGCCCCAGUUCGUUCUUCUCUGCCCUCCCUCCCCUGCCCAGGCCGCCGGCCUCACACAGAUCUUCCUCAAGGAACAAGAGGCACUGCCCUGCCCCAGCCUGUGCCCUGACGAGCUCAUCUCUUGUUCCUCCUCCAAACCUGGGGUGUCAGGGCCUCACGUCAGAUGCACAGGAAGAAGGAAGCUCCUGGUUGGCUGGUGAAAGUAUGGGGCUUGAGAUGGGCUCGGGCCCCGACCUGGCCCCCAGAGGGCUUUCUGAGGUCUCCUUUUGGGGGGCAGAAAGGCACUCAGGCUGGUUUCCAGGACAAACUUUUAGCAAACUCAGCCCCUGAAAUCAUCUAGAUACUGCAACCUCUCACUCCUGUCCCAGGGCCUCUCUCUGCUUGGGUGAGAGGGUGUCCCUUGUUGCUGGCCUGUUUUGUCCUGCCUCUGUGGGGUUGUUGGGUAAGUCUCCCUUUCCCCGCCAAGUGCACACAUGCCUCAGGCUUCACUUCUUCCUGUGUCUUCCCCUGAGGAAACAGCUUCCUGAGAGUGCUAGGGCAGCCACUGUUGAGAAUGGGCUGCUCUGAUGUACCUCCUUUGAGGGCACUCUGAACGGACACCAUUGCCCACAUUGUCAUAGUCAUACACAGACAAAAGCCUGGAAUGACAAAAUCGAACACAAUCCUGACCACUCAGCCAGUCAAGACGUAUCACGCCUUCUUCCAGAGAUGUUUAUCCUCAUGUAUUGCUUAUACCCCUGGCCACUGACCACAAUGCAAGUCACUAGUCAUGGUCACCUAACAGUGACAGCAUAGCCUCUCCCUCACCCCCAGUACACACACGUUCUGGGACCACACAUGUUGUCUCCAGCUCAUUGGGAGGGUGGAAUCAAGCCAGAACAAUCAGCCCAUAUUGGGUCACCCUGAGUUGCCCCAUCAUUCAGUCCCAUGCCAUGGUACCCACACCAGCCACACGGCCACCAAUCCUGUCCCAUGUCACACACAAUCCGACAUGGAUGCACCCCACAGGACCCUGUUCUCGACAUUGGAGGGAAGCAGGUGGGCCCAUGCCUUUCCUGGAGUGUGAGGCCAUGAGCCCUCUCAGGGCAGUGCAUGCUGGGUGGGCCUGGCCUAACCCCUGCCUGCUCCCCUCCACUUUAUAGCUCACAAAAGGGGAGGCUCAGAGCCAGCCCUCCACCAGCUGGGAGCCUGGGGCUCUCUGAGCCCUUGGAAAGAAGGGGUUGGUUCCUGAAAUUUGGCCCUAGGCAAUGGAGGGUGCUUAGGUCUCCCAGGACCAAAGGCUCUGAGUGGGGAGGGGGCAUAUGGUCAGGCUCCUAGUGUCCCUGUGUCCCUUCCCUGCUCUGAGCUAGGGGGUUGACUCUGCCUCCAAGGACACAAGUCCCCAAAGUGCCUGUGAGGGCGGGCCCUCUGCCCAUGCCCUCUGCACCCUCCGCCUGGCCGGGCCAACCUCAGCCCUUAACCCACCCUAGAGCCCUCCCCGGGACAGCUACCCACCAUUUGGUCAAACAACUUAGGCAGUUCCGGCUGCAGCUGGAGGGGCCCACAGCUGGAAGCAGCCUGUGCAGGACAGAGUGGGGUAUGUCACUGGCCCAGCCUUCUCCUUUGUUACCCUGGCAACUGGGGCUAUUUCCAUAGGUGUUUUAAACAUGGGGCCACAAAUCUCCUUUUGGGGAAGGCAUGCUUGGCGGGGCUCUUGGAGCCAAAGGGACAAGGUGUGAGUUGUGAUUGGCUGGCAGCCACACCCACCUCUCGCCUAUAGCCCAGGUUCUAGUCGGGAAGGCAGGUUUUAUUUCUGUUCCCUUUUCAGGGUUUCCUGGCAGUGGGGCUUCUACAAGGUGAGGGUGGGGGUGUCAAGGCAGCAAGGGCCAGGUUCUGGAGAGCUAUUUUUUCCAGGAGUCCUCCUAGACCAAACUCCAUCUUCCAGACCCAAAGCUCCCCUUACCAGUGCCCAGAGCCUUGGGAGGGAGUCAGCUGGUCCCACCACUGAGGCCAGGGUGGGAGUUGGGGGGCAGCCUGGUCCUGGAGAUGUGCAGUGGGUGGCUUGGCCUCAGUCAUCCCUGGGGCAGAGAGCUGGGGAACACUGGGAGGAGGAUACCAAAAGUCCCAACCUCCCUAGCACAGGCACAACAGCUCUGGUGAGAAUGCCUGGGCAAGAUGAGGCUGAGAAACCAGGGAGGCAGAGGGGAAGAGGGUCAGGUCCCUGGAGACCCAGCAGUGGGUGCAGCCGGCCUUACUCCGCACAGCCCCAGGGCUGACGUCUGGCUUGGGGCAUCAUCUCCUGGCCCUGCCUCUCUUAUCUGAAUCCUCAGCAUUUGAGAGAAGAGGCCCAUGGCCUUGUUCACGGUUCCCUAGACCUGAGGCUUUAUGGAGGCUGUAUCCUCAUGACAUUUAACAGUCCGACUAGCUCAAAUCCAAUUCUGCCAGGCUGGCUGGGGCAAAGCAGUCAAAGUUGGGCUAAAAGGACAGGCUGGCAUUCUCUGAGUGCAGUGUGGGUACAGGGCCCUCAUGCCCUCUCCUGCCCACUGUGUGCAGUGGGAUGAGUGUGGGGUCUGUGCAAAUUCGUCCGCCUAUGUCCCAGUGCUCCUGGGGAGGGUAUCCUGUGGGCCAUGGCAUUUUCUGGAAGCAUGACAAAUUCUAAAUGAGAGGGAGCUUAUGUGGCUUGAGGGCCUUCCUGGGGCCUUGGCUGCCAGAGAGCACGUGGCUAGCUGGAGCCUAAAGAGUUGGGGGUCGAGCUUACCCUGGACUCCGUCCCCAGGGCCAGACAGGGAUCUUGCCUGAAAGGCUUGUCCCUUUAAUUGUUGGAGGCAUAUGGGUGGCAGUGUGGGUGGGGCUGGGCUGGCCUGCAGGCAGGGCUUAGGGUGCUUGGGCAGACCUGCUGAGGUUGGCAGAGAUGCCUGUCAGGCCUACAGGUGGGGCCCUUGGCUGCAGGGAGCAGACCCAUCUUAGCCUCUUGGGGCUGGGUUGGCCUCUUGCUCAUCCUUCUGGAUUUUUUCUCCUGACAGCCACGGCCCUGGAUUUGCCUCUUUAGGCCUCCUGCCUGUAAAUAGAAGCCCACAAACUGUGUACAGAUUUAGAGAUUCCCAGACUGGGCCCCGGGAGUUGCCAUCUGAGGGCUGAUGGCCCCAGCAUCCCAGGUGCCCCUAGGGCACCUCAGUGCAUCCGGCCUCAGCGUGAUGAAUGCAUGUACAUAUUUUUUGUAGGCAGCGUGGCUCCAGAGAGCCCCUGAAGACAGUGUCCCACCCGACCCCCACCCCCUGAGUCCUCUCUCCUGUACAGAGCCCUCCAAGAACCGGCCUGGGAUGGGUGGGAGUCUGUCCUUCCUUCUUCCCGGCCUUCCCCAUCCUCUCCCUCUCCUGUAACCUGUUUAUUAACUGUACCUGUCCCAAAUUCAUGGCCAAAACUUUAAAUAAGGAAAAAUGGAGGAAAAAGACAAUGGGAAAAAGAGACCAAGGCAUCUGCCCCACUGUGGGUACUCACCUGUCCCAGCCUUGAGAAGGAACUGGGUCUUUUUGGUUUUGUUGUUUCUUAUUCUUUGUUUUAACAUUUCCUGUGCUGUGCCCAUUUAUAAGAGGAAAUAAAAUUAAGCUAAAAUGA